AUGAAUUGUUUCAAAGUAGAGAUGUUUUCUAUACUAUCGAGUUCGAACCCAAAACUAACAUUAAAACUAUUAAAAGGACUCUUUGACUUCAAGCUCGCCUUUCAAGCUUCUCUAUACAUGAUUUGGAAGGAAAGGAAUUCGAGGUUGCACACUCAAGUUUCUCGCUCAGCUUCGUCAUUGGUUGCUGCGAUACAACGGACUAUUCGAGAAAAAUUGGAUACUCUUUCUAGGGAGCAGAGGAAUUGGCCUUCGACAGUUACUUUUUUGUCAACCUGGCUUGUUAGAUUCAGCAACUAG